CUCUCGACAAGAAUACAUCUUAAAAAUGUUUAAACUAUUUCUAAUAACCAGCCUCAUAUAUGUCGUGGGCGGCACCACUUAUCUAACCACUAAUAGUCAUAUUGAAAUGCCCAUAUAUCAGAAACGCCCUUUGAGCGAACAAAUGGAGAUGAUUGAUAUCCUGGAUUUGGGUGACCGGCCGCGACGACAGGCGGAGCCCAAUCUGCACAACUCAGCCUCGAAAUUCCUGCUGGAAGUGUACAACGAGAUUAGCGAGGACCAGGAACCCAAGGAGGUCCUGCAUCAGCGUUACAAACGCUCUGUGGACGACGACAUCCUGAUUUCUAACGAGGAUCGACAGGAGAUUGCCAGUUGCAACAGCAUCCUGACCUUCUCGAGUCAAGCAAAACCCGAGGAAGUGGACAACGAGUUGGAUAUGCACAUAACCUUCAAUACCAACGAUGUGCCGACGGAUUUGAGUUUGGUCCAGGCCAUGCUCAGGAUAUACAAACAGCCCAGUUUGGUGGACAGGAGGGAGAACUUCACGGUGUCCGUGUACCGAAAGCUGGACAAUCGUCAGGAUUUCUCCUAUCGCAUUCUGGGCUCUGUGAACACCACAUCCCAUCAGCGCGGCUGGUUGGAAUUUAAUUUAACGCAAACUCUGAGGACUUGGUUAGUGAAUAGUAGGGGUUUGCCACGACGAAAUGAGCUUAGGAUAUCCAUUGGCGACUCCCAACUGAGCACCUUUGCCGCCGGACUGGUUGCCCCCCAGGCCAGUCGCUCCAGCUUGGAACCCUUUAUCGUGGGCUAUUUCAAUGGACCCGAGCUCCUGGUCAAAAUACAGAGGCUCCGUUUCAAGAGGGAUCUGGAGAAGCGUAGGUCUGGGGGCGGUGGGAGUCCAUCUCCUCCUCCUCAAGCGCCUCCCGUGGAUCUGUACAGACCACCGCAGUCCUGCGAGCGCCUCAAUUUCACCGUGGACUUCAAGGAGCUGCAGAUGCACAACUGGGUGAUUGCGCCCAAAAAGUUCGAGGCUUACUUCUGCGGCGGUGGCUGCAACUUCCCGCUGGGCACCAAAAUGAAUGCCACCAACCAUGCCAUCGUCCAAACUCUGAUGCACCUCAAGCAGCCACAUUUGCCCAAGCCCUGCUGCGUGCCCACAGUUCUGGGAGCCAUCACCAUCCUGAGGUACCUCAACGAGGACAUCAUCGACCUCACCAAGUACCAGAAUGCAGUGGCCAAGGAGUGCGGCUGCCAUUAGGUUUGGUUUGAGUUAGUAACUAUUUUAAUAUCAGUAAUAAAUAAGUGAAUGCAGUGUAAAUAUUGUUCCAUGUAAAUAUAAAUAACC